AUGGCUUCAUCCAGCUCUGCAACUUUCUACAGACACGCCCAACGGUCCGCUCAGCGCGAUGGUCACUUUCACAUACCACGUAGUCCUUCGCCCCCAGCUUCUGCUUACUUUCCGUUACUCUCGGCGGACGUCAGUAACAGGCUAAGGCCAACCCCCAAUGCAGAGCAGCAUUUUGCAUACAGUACCCAGUUGCGAAGGCAUCAAUCCGAGGCGGCGGCGGCGCUUGCUUCACCUGCUGUGUUCGCUGCGACCGUGAACGCCGAGGCAACGACUCUUUGGACUCGGAUUAUGAAUUGGGUCACUGGGAAGGAAACACACGACUACCUACCUGUCCACGAGGAAGCUCCCGAACCACAAAAGGAGGAUCGGCGGGAUACACCUUCUGCACACUUUGCGCAUCUCACUGUCGAGGAAACGGUCUCACACUUCCGCACAUCUGGUACGGAAGGCUUGACGAACGCAGAAGUUGACGCUUUACGCGAAGAGCACGGAUACAACGAGUUCUCAGUCCAGACGCCCGAACCCCUCCUCCUCAAGUUUGCUAAAACGAUUUAUGAGAGCCCUCUCAUCCUUCUGCUGUGUGGUAGUGCUAUCGUCAGUGCCAUUAUGGGAAAUGUAGACGAUGCAGUCAGUAUCACCGUGGCCGUAUUUAUCGUGUUGCUUGUCGGAUUCAUUCAAGAACACCGCUCGGAAAAGAGUCUUGAAGCGCUCAAUAAACUUGUUCCCCAUCACACUCACGUCGUUCGAGCAGGCCAAACCAUCCACGUCCUCGCCAACGAACUUGUACCCGGCGACCUCGUCAAGUUUGCGACUGGUGAUCGUGUCCCUGCUGAUAUUCGCAUCAUCGAAUCUGUGGAUUUGGAAAUCGACGAAAGUAGCUUGACUGGUGAAACCGAAGCUCGCAGGAAGACAGCCGAGAAGUGUCGGUUCGAGCAUGGUGUUGAAGUCGGUGGCCAGCCUGUCGCGCUCGCCGAUAGGAACUGUAUGGCGUACAUGGGCACUCUCGUUCGGAAUGGUAGUAUGCUUCAUUCUCCCCCGUCCGUGCUGCUAACGAGCAGUGAAACAGGUCGCGGAUCCGGUAUUGUCAUUGCAACCGGGACUGAAACGGAAUUUGGUAUCAUUUUUUCAAUGAUGCAAGAUGUCGAGGAGAAGAGGACACCGCUGCAAUUGAACAUGGACGAACUGGCGAAGAAGUUGUCCAUGGUCUCGUUCGGAAUCAUUGGCGUCAUCUGCCUUCUUGGUGUCUUGCAACAGCGACCAUGGCUUGAGAUGUUUACCAUCGGAGUGUCUCUUGCUGUCGCCGCAAUUCCAGAAGGGCUUCCUAUCGUCACGACUGUUACUUUGGCUUUGGGUGUGCUCCGAAUGGCUAAACGCAAGGCAAUUGUCAAGAAGCUCCAUUCGGUCGAAUCUCUUGGAUCAGUCUCCGUUAUUUGCUCAGACAAAACCGGCACCUUGACUAAGAACGAAAUGACGGUUACCGAGGCAUAUGCUGUGGACGAAACAAUCUUCCUCGAUCCCUCAUCGACCGCUCCGUAUAACGGCUCUGUUUCUCCUGCCAUCAAGCGGGCAAUGGAUAUCGGCGCGAUUUGCAACAAUGCCAGUUUGGAAAGAAACGAAGAUGGAAACUUUGUUGGACAAUCGACGGAUGUAGCGCUUCUCAACGUACUCGAUUCUUUCGGUAUGCCUGAUCGUCGUGGAACCUUCAGACGAACCGCUGAGAAGCCCUUCAGCUCCGAGCAUAAGUACAUGGCGGUCACCGGAUACCACGAAGACGGAACAAUGAUCAUCAAUGGCGCUCCCCGCGAGAUGUACUACAUCAAGGGAUCGAUAGAAGCCAUCCUCGAGCGAUGCAAGUUCUACUAUGUCAGUGAAGAGUCGACACCUGCUCUGGACGCUCACACCCGCAACGUUAUCAUGACCCGCGCGACCUCAUCUGCUUCUCGGGGCCUGAGGGUACUAGCUAUGGCUUAUGGUUACGGGGCCUCGGAUUCAUCAACAGCUUCAUCCCGGGCGGUUUCACGAUCAGGCUCACCAAACCCAUCCAACCUGGAACGAACGAAUCUUGUCUUCGUAGGCUUCCAGGCCAUGCUGGACCCUCCCAGGAAGGGUGUCGCAGACUCUAUUGGCCUUUUGCAGUCUGGUGGUGUGCAGGUUAUCAUGAUCACUGGUGACGCAGAGCCUACUGCUCUCUCCAUCGCCCAACAACUGGGAUUGCGUGUCGGAAGGACGGGUGGUGCAUUGUCGAAUACGCAUUGCUUGACUGGGAAGGCUAUCGAUCAAUUGACGAAGCAGCAGUUGAAGGAGCGGGUUGGUAGUGUCAGCGUAUUUGCCCGAACCACACCCAAGCACAAGAUGGCUAUUGUGGAGGCUUUCCAAUCCCGAGGAGCUGUAGUUGCUAUGACUGGUGACGGGGUGAAUGACGCACCUGCGUUGAAAAUGGCUGAUAUCGGCAUUUCGAUGGGCAAGAGCGGAACUGACGUCGCAAAGGAAGCUGCGGACAUGAUUCUUGUGGAUGAUAACUUUAGCACUAUCCUCCCUGCUGUUGAAGAAGGUGGAGUCACUUUCUGGAAAUCUAUAUUCCACAAUAUUCAAAAUUUCUUGUCCUUCCAGCUGAGUACCGCGGCCGCGGCCUUGACGCUCAUCACCCUGAGCACAAUGCUUGGCCUGAGCAAUCCCCUCAACGCAAUGCAGAUCUUGUUCAUCAACAUUCUCAUGGAUGGUCCUCCAAGUCAGAGUUUGGGUGUUGAUCCAGUUGAUCCCGAAGUAAUGAGGCGUCCUCCUCGCAAGAAGAACGCGUCUAUAAUCACACGGCGUCUUCUCCUGCGCGUCCUAUUCUCAGCGUCUAUGAUUGUUAUUGGAACGCUAUUUGUGUACAUCUUUGCCCUGUCAGAUGAUUCACACAUGUCGCGACGGGAACAGACUAUGACCUUUACCUGCUUCGUAUUCCUAGACCUCGUGUCUGCAGUCCAAAACCGCGGGCUCGGAUGUGGCCUCUUCCAAAACAAAAUGUUGAUAAUCACGGUAUCGACUUCAUUCCUGGUGCAGCUUGGGUUGGUCUACGUGCCAUUUAUGCAGCACAUUUUCCAUACUGCGGCACUUUCGUUCACAGACCUGUCUGUAUUGCUAGGCCUGGCUGGUACUAGCGCCGUUUUGCACGAAUGUAGACGCUUCUACGAGAGGAAGGUUAAUGCUGACGAAACAUAUGCUCAAGUUAUGGAAGAGCUUGCAUGA